AUGGCCUCGCCUGUAGAAGAGCCAUGCUUUUCACCAACAGAAAGCCCUCCCUGCGAAGAACAUGGACAACUCUUGUUCGAGCCCGAAGAGCCUUACGAACUGAAUCCGCCCGAACGACUAUCCACACCCGGCCUACUCCUCCUAACAUGUCCGAGCCUCGGGCUCCAAGUCUGCUGGUUCCUACUGCAGUCCAGCGGCACGCCCUACCUCCACUCCCUAGGCAUGACCUCCUCCUCCAUAUCCCUAGCCUGGGCACUAGGCCCCAUCUUCGGGGCUUUCGUCCAGCCCAUAAUCGGUCAGCUGAGUGACGAGCUUCAUCACCCGCGCGGCCGCCGGAAACCCGCUAUCAUCGCCGGUGCGCUUAUUACUGUCAUCUUCGCCCUGAUUAUGGCUUGCGCCUCCGAGCUCACCACGCCCUUCACCAAAGCCCAGGCCGUAAACCCCUGGCAGCCGCGUGCGCUAGCCGUCGCCUGCCUGGUGGUUAUUCUAUUGGCGUUAACCGCCUACUCCGUCGGCGUGCGCGCCAUCGUCGUCGACACUUGCCCGCCGUCUCAACAACCUGCCGCUGCCGCCUGGUCCAUGCGCUGGAACGUUCUUGGAUCCACCGUGCUUUCUAUCGCGGGCUUCGUUUUCACCACACAGCCCCCAGGGACAGACCCCGUGGUCGCGUUCCGCACGCUGGUGUGCGUCGCAGCUAUCUGCUCCGCCGCCACCGUCGGACUGGUAUGCUGGUUCGUGCCGCGGGAUGCCACGCCGCCUCCCCGACACUUCGGGUCUGGCAUCUGGCGAGUCUGCGCCAUGUGUCUGCCGGGUGAACUGGCGCGGCGGUGGGGGCGGCUGCCGCCGUUGACGGGGAGGGUGUGCAGCGUGCAGUUUGUUGCAUGGUUCGGGUGGUUUCCGGUGUUGUAUUAUAUGUCUACGUAUGCUUACGAAACAGCACUAUUUGAACUCCUUGAAACCCCCAGCCUCGAAGCCUCUUCCCCAGAAGCCAGCGCAAAACCCUAUCCUCUAUACGCAUCCCUCUCUUUUUCCAUAGGAACCCUCUCGUCCACUCUCGUCCUGACCCUCCUCUCCCAAACCUCCGCCAUCCUCCGCACCCGUAACCUCCCGCGCCUCUGGUUGCUGUCCCAACUGCUCGCAACUACCUCCCUCCUCCUCACAAUCCCCUUCCAAACCUCCACGGCAUCCCUCAUCCUCAUCUCCUUCAUCGGCGUGACCCAAGCUGUGACGAUGUGGGUCCCGUUCGCACUGGUCAAUACCGAACUUGCUGAGGUGCGAACCGGCGUGGCAGGCGUCCAGGGGCUGCACAAUAUGGCCAUUUCGCUUCCGCAAGUUGCCAGCGCGCUGAUUUGCGCGGUAUUGCUGGCGGGGUUGGACUUGCUUGGGGUUGAGCGGGAUGCG